CUAUGUAUUAUACAUCCCAUAGCCCCAAGUAAAUCGCCGGCGUGGCCACUCUCAGGUUUCUCCAGGUUUCUCCCUGCUCUAACCUAGUGAUGAUCGAUGUAUUGCAAUGUUUGUAAAUCGGAAGUGAAAGCUGCGAGAUAAUCCUCGCAAAAUUCUUUUCAUUUUUAUCACAAUGCUAAUGAACAACGAAAAUGAAUAGCUUAGGUUUAAAUAUAAUUUUUAGAAUGGGUUGUAUAUGCACUAAAGAGAUCAUCACGGUAAACUCGACGAAAUAUAAGGUCUGCGAACACCUCGGAGAUGGUGGGUUCAGUACAGUACUUUUAGUUGAGGACAUUGUCACACAUAGAAAGUACGCUAUUAAGAAAAUUAUUUGUCAUGGACUAGAAGAUCAACAAUUGGCAGCAAAAGAAGUUGAGUACUACAAAUUGAUAAAGCAUCCCAACGUUAUAAAAUACAUAGAUUCGACUUGUGAAGGCACAGCAGACCCAGUCCUGAAUACAACGAGUGAAAUGUUAAUUGUCUUACCGUAUUAUCAUAAAGGAACUUUAGCAAAUGAUUUAGAAAGACGAGCAAAGAAUUGCGAUUACAUGAGUCCUAUGGAUAUUCUGAGAAUGUUUUUGCAGAUCUGCGAAGGUGUAAAAGCAUUUCACGAUGCUAAACCAGAGCCUCUCGCUCAUAGGGAUUUAAAAACUGCAAAUAUAAUGCUCAGCGAUGAUGGAAUACCUAUUAUCAUGGACUUGGGUUCUGUAGCAAAUGCCAGAGUUCAAGUAUGUGGUACCCAGGCUGCACGGACUUUGCAAGACUUAGCAGCUGAAAGAUGUUCCAUGCCAUAUAGAGCGCCAGAAUUAUUCAAUGUUGAGAGUUAUUGUAUGGUUGACGAACGAACAGACAUUUGGUCAUUGGGAUGUAUACUGUAUGCAUUAUGUUAUUUUAAAUCUCCUUUUGAUACUGUUUAUGAACGAGGCGACAGCGUAGCUCUUGCUGUAAUUAGUGCACAUGUAACGUUUCCAGAAGAUACUCCGUAUAACGAGGAUGUACAAAAUUUAAUUUUGUCGAUGUUAAAAGUCAAUCCAAUGGAACGUCCAUAUAUAUAUAGUGUGAUAGAGAGUGUGCACGAUACUGUCGUUAAAUUGACACAUAAAGCAUAAACAUAUCAUCAUGUAGGUUGUUACAAUAAUUGGACUACACAUAUGAAAAUAACAUUGAAUUGUAUAUAGGAAGCCAGAUAUAAAAUUGAUGCAAUUGUAUAUGAUAUUAUGCAGGCCUGUACACAAGCAAUAUAAAAAAUAUGCUGAAAUACAUUACACACUAAGAUGUGAAUAUUUCAAAUA